CUGGACUAUCUUUCCGGACGUAAAGAAUAAUAAAUUAUAACCAUCAAACUCACUCUCCAACAACACUGAUAGGUCAAUCCAUAUAUAUAGAGCGACACAUAAUAGAUCACCAGAUCAUCCAAAAGAGGGUUGGAAAUUCAGAAGAGAAAAAAAAAGGUGCAAGCCUGAAAAAGGGCCUAUAAAUCUGAGCUGAAGAAGCAGCUCAUCAAGAAAAUGGCCUCAAAAAAGAGCGGUUCAGAGUCAGAUGGGGCUAAUAGGCCGUUGCUAGUACAAGUAGUUCAUGAAGCCGAAGGAGCUGAUCCGCAGCAGCAGCAUCAACAAUGGUGGAAUCAGAUAUUGGACGUGGGAGAAGCCAAGAAUCAGAUACUGUUUUCGUUGCCGAUGAUUCUAACUAAUGUUUCAUACUAUUCCAUCCCUCUUAUCUCCGUCAUGUUUGCCGGCCAUCUGGGAGAACUUCAACUCGCCGCCUCUAACCUCGCCAAUUCUUGGUGUGCCGUCACCGGCCUAGCUUUCAUGGUAUAUAUUCCACUUCUUCCCUUUCCUUCAACAAAAUAAGUUGCUUAAACAUAUAGUGGAUUACAAGUCAUUAGUAUUCCAACCAUUCGAAAAUGAUUGUCAAAUUUUGAUUCUUAUUUCACUGGACAAUCAGUUUGGGACGAAAAAAGUAUUAUUUCGGAAAAUGAUGCAAAUCAAACUUAAAUUCGUUCGGAAGUUUUAUUCAUUCAUUGAUUUGAUUUUCAACGAAAAGAUGCCACUUUUAUUGACUUGGAAUACCUACGAAUUAGUUUCAACAAACCUACACUUCAGCAUGUUGUAUUGUUGUUGUUCGAGUCAUUUAUUAAUGUUCACAAUUCCGGUUGCCUCGCCUUAUUUGCUGAGAUUAAUCAAGCGUCAUGUGGACCUCUUCUUAUUGAAACGUUAUUCUGCAAGCCCACAUGAUGAAAUAUGCACAGUAUUUCUUAGCCGUGGGAUUAAGUGGUGCACUUGAAACAUUAUGUGGACAAGGCUAUGGAGCAAAAUUAUACAGAACGUUGGGGAUUUAUCUGCAAUCAUCCUGCAUUAUCUCAUUCAUCUUUGCAAUUUUCAUCUCAAUUCUCUGGUGGUUUUCUGAUACAAUCCUGAUAUUCUUACACCAAGAUCCUCAAAUCGCGAAACACGCCGGACUGUACUUGAAGUUUCUGAUUCCGGGUUUGUUUGCGUAUGGAAUUCUUCAAAACAUUUUGAGGUUUCUUCAGACACAAUCUGUUGUUGCACCAUUAGUUGUCUGCUCUGUUUUGCCUUUGAUCAUACACAUUGGGAUCACAUAUGUUUUGGUCAAAUGCACGGCUCUUGGUUUUCGUGGCGCCGCAUUGGCGGCCUCGAUUUCUUUGUGGAUUUCGGUUCUCAUGUUGGGAUGUUACGUUCUUCUUGCUCGUAAAUUUAAGGAUACUUGGGAUGGAUUUUCUAUGGAGUCGUUUGAUUAUGUUCCUGUCACCUUCAAGCUUGCUCUGCCAUGUGCUGCAAUGGUUUGCUUGGAAUACUGGGCAUUUGAGCUUCUUGUACUAUUAGCUGGCCUAAUGCCAAAUCCAGAAAUAACUACUUCACUGAUUGCAAUCUGCGUUAAUACCGAAGCUAUUGCCUAUAUGAUUGCUUAUGGCCUCAGUGCAGCUGCUAGCACCAGGGUAUCAAACGAGUUGGGAGCAGGAAACCCUGAGAAAGCAAAGCACGCAAUGAAAGUAACACUGAAGCUAUGUGUUGUUCUUGGAGUCAUUGUGGUUUCAACGCUUGCAUUUGGUCACGAUAUCUGGGCUGGCUUCUUCAGUGAUAGCCACGUGAUCAUUGCCAAAUUUGCAUCAAUGACUCCUUUCCUUAUGAUCUCCAUUUUCAUUGAUUUCGUCCAAGGAAUUUUAUCUGGUGUGACCAGAGGCUGUGGUUGGCAGCAUUUGGCAGUGGUCAUUAACUUGGGAACGUUUUACUUCAUUGGAAUGACCAUUGCGGGACUCCUCGGUUUCAAAUUCCAACUCUAUGCUAAGGGCUUAUGGAUGGGUUUAAUUUGUGGGCUGUUCUGCCAAACUUGUGGGUUGUUGUUACUUGCCGUGUUUACAAAAUGGGUUAGAUUGGAUCUCUCUCCAGGCAACAAAGAGGCAACUUCGGCAUGAGUGCCUAUGAUUAGAGUUUGACAUGGUGUAAAAAGGAAUAGCUUUUAAUUUUUAGCCAUAAUCAAAGAUGAAAUGAUUUUUUUGGAUCAAUAUUUUACUUCAAUCCCACUAUUCAUGUAACCAGCUUUUACAAUUUUUUUUACCUUCUUGUCACAACUUUUUAAUAUACUUCUAAUGAAUGAGAUUGGGGAAAAGAAAUCUAUUUGUCGCAACAAAAUCGUUCAAUUAUUUGUUACACAAUUCUAAUUUUAAUGUAUACAAUUAUUUUAUUGGGACGAAUAGAUUAUCAAUUUUUUGAGGCA